ACACACACACACACGCACACACACAAAUAUAACCCGGCGAAUGCAAAAAUGGGAGUUUCUGUUUCAAUUGGAGUUGGCGGGAAUAUUUCACCUUGGAGGAGAGUGCGGUGACCUCUAUGACCAGAUUCAAACCGACUGACCUGACCUACUUAUGUAGAAACACCAACUUCACGAAACACGAACUGCAGACUAUGUACCGGGGCUUCAAGCAGGAAUGUCCAUCCGGAAUAGUUGACGAAGGGACUUUUAAAGAAAUUUAUUCCAGGUUUUUUCCAUACGGAGAUUCUUCUGGUUAUGCACAUUUGGUUUUCAAACUAUUCGAUCUUAACAAAACCGGUGCUAUAACAUUCGAAGGUCUUGUUUCCAAUCUCUCUAUCCUAAUCAGAGGUUCUCUAGAAGACAGGAUAAAAUGGAUCUUCCGCCUUUAUGACGUAAACUGUGAUGGCGUCAUAAGUAGGGAUGAGCUGAUGACAGUCGUCAACUCGAUAUACCGGAUAAUUCAAAUAGACUCGAGUCGGAAUUUGGCGUCGGUGUCCGUUGCGGCUGCGAUCCCUGCCUCAAGAGCGUCGGAAAAUGUGGCUACGACUGUUAUUGAUGACGCUGGAGAUGGGAUUGUCAGUCAGGAGCGGCACGUAGAAAACAUUUUUAAGAUGAUGGAUAAAAAUAAAGAUGGAUUGAUCGACCUUGAGGAGUUUUUGUCGUUCUGCCUGAAGGAAGAAGUAAUAAUCAAUGGUAUCAAGUCAAUGGAUACAUAUUUUUGCUUCUGAUAAAAAUCUUCUUAAAUAAAACAUAAUUAUUUUUGUUAUUAUUAUUCAUAUUGGUAAUAUUUAGUGUUAUUAUUAUUUUUUUUAAUUUGAAAAUAAAUUUUCAUGCUUU